UUUCGGUCCAUACACAGUUGUCGUAGAAAUUUUAUUUCGUUUAAAGUAAAAUGCCACCUCCAGGCUGGGGAAGACCUUCAGAAUACAAUCAUCGUCAUCAUCACCAUGGAAGACCAAUUGUCGAAGUCGAUAUAAUAGCUGCUCGUCCACCACCACCAUCUCGUCCAUUGAUUGAAAUUGACCUCUUUGGAGGUCGACCUCGUCCACCGCCACCACCUCGCCCGUUUAUUGAAAUUGACCUCUUUGGAAGUCGACCACGUCCACCACCACCACCUCCAGCAACCGUAGUUGUGGUCAACAAUCAACCUCAACAACAACCUCCACCUUAUUCAUACAGGUGGUAAAUUUUAAGUGGUAAAGUGUUUAAGUUUAUCAUAUUGUUCAUAUUAUUGUCUUAAGACUUGACCAGUAAAUUAAUAUUGUUAAAAAAUAAACUGUGAUUUAAAUUAUUUCAAACAAAUAAAACUAUAAAAAUGUUUUUAAAUUAAAUUAAAAUUUGUGCAGUGAGCAAUUUAUCAGCCAACGCAAUUAAGUAACCAACACUCUUACGAAAAUAUA